AUGAGUUGUGCUGUGGAUAUUUACGAUUCUGGUCCUCAUUUUAAAUGGAUUACUCGUAAUAGUAUUGAUAUGAAUGGAGAAAGAAGUAUAGGUUAUAAUCAAUUUUUGGAUUCUAUACGUUUUACAAUUCAAGAUCUUGUUCAACAAGAAAGUUGUAUUGGUUCAUCAAAUUAUCCAGUUGAUAAACCAUCACGUCUUGUUCAAAUUGAAUGUCGUAAGCCAGGAUGUCGUUGUGUACUUAAAAAUGAACGUGCUCUAGCUAUGAAAAUUGUUCCAGGAAUAACAUUGGUUCAAGCUGAAUGGUUAUUACCAAAUUCUGUUGUUUCAAAUGGUGAAAAAUCUAGAUCACACCAUAGUUCUCAACAUGCUGUAAAUAAUACAUCUAAUAAUAAAGUUGCUUACAAUCAGAGUGUACCGAACGUGAAUCAGAUGAAAUCAUCUUAUUCACAUUCAGUUGUUCUUACUUCUUGCUGUCCAUCUUGGUUCGAAUUAGUACGAAGAAAUGUUAUUGGACCAUCUGAUAAUGGACCUCAAAUUUGUCCAGAAGUUCCUGUCUGGUCAAGUUGUAAAGCAGUAUGGCUUGCUAAACCAAAAUUUAUUUUAUUAAGAAAAGAUACUCAGUGUUUAUUUGCAACGAAUACUCAAUCACUUACUAUGAGUUCAACUGAACUACUUAAAAAAGAUGAUCGUUCCACUAUAACACUAGAUGCAGAUAAUAUUGGUAUUCUUCGACCUGGAACUGUAUUACAAUUAAUUGAUUGUCGAUCAUGUCGACUUGUACAUAAAGAAGAUCAAAUUUCUUAUCGUCUUUCUACUCGUCAUCGUUCAAAACCAGUUUCUAUGCUUCAAUGUGCAAUUGUUGGUGGUAAAGCAUUAGCUGCUUUAGCUUCAUCAAUUACAAAUUUAUCUUCACAAGAUGCAUUGAAUUGGUUUAAUAAUGGUCCUAGAUUAAUUUAUUUAUCUUUAGCUUCAAAAUCAAUAAUGUGCAGUCCUGUGAAAACAACAUCCACCAUUAACAUCAAUAAUAAUUAUCGUAAUCAUAAUAAGAAUUCUAGUCAUAUUAAAUUAUCAAGUAAUGAAAUAGAUUAUAACAUUUUUGAUAAUGGAGUUCAUAGUAUCUUAUCGUUGUUAAGCACUUAUCGACUCCCUCUAAUUACACGUCCUGUAGUUGGAUUACGUUCAACUGAAUGGUUUCUAAUGGGUAAAUAUACAAAUCAUUCAUCUAUAUCCAAUUCUGACACAAUCAAUAUGAAUUCAUUGCUACAAAUAUUCUCAUGUCAUCAUGGUGAUCUGAUAUUUUUAGAACCUUUAUCUGAUUGUACUAAAUCUGUUUAUCAGAAUGAAUCAUCAAAUGAAACAAUGAAAAGUCGUUUUUUUGUAGUUACUACUGAUAUGUUAUUACAUCAUAAUUUUUUAGUUGCUGAUUUACAAACAUGUCAAGCUUAUCAACAACAACUUGAAAUACAUGCAUUUAGAGUAUCUCAUUUUCUAGCUGCAUGUCAUCCUGUACAAGGUUUAACAUAUAUUAUAAAACAUUUAGAAGAUAUAACACAUUCAUCUAAUACUGGACCAUCAUAUAUACCAUUGACUAGAACACUUGGACCAAUUACUAAUCGUUUUAAUACUAUUGCUAUACAAUCAGCUAUAUCAAGUAUAGCUGCUAUUGCUUCUUUAACUAUGCAUGAAGAAUUGAAUGAUAUACCAAAUGAUUCAUAUCAAUUGAAUGAGAUUCAACCAAAAGUAUUGAAUCACUUAACAUUACAUAAUCAUAAUAAUCCUAUCUCUACUACUACUACUACUACUACUACUACUACUAACACUACAACUACUACUACUUAUUAUCAUAAUAGUAGUAUUCAUAAUCCCAUGCAUAGAUCAUCAAUUGAUAAUCAUCACUUUUAUCAUUCAGCUAAUUGUUUAACUAAUACUAAUUUACAUACACAAUCUAGUUUAUCAUCAUCAUUAUUUACUAGUGAAAUGGAUGAAAUGAAUGCAUUAUGUGAUGAAAUUGAAGAUAUUUAUUAUUAUGUACGUAAUGGACAUUUUCCAAUGCAAUCUCAUUCAUUAUCUUCAUUAUUACAUCAUAGUCAAAAACAACCACAACCACAUCCACAUCAUCAUCAUCAUCAUGAAGAGAAGAAUACAUAUUUGAAUCAUUUAUCAGCUCCAAUUUCACCAUAUUUAAACAAAUUCGUUACUAAUACUAUUGAUACUACUAAUAAUACUACUGAUAUUACUACUAAUAAUCAGUGUUUAUCAAUUAAAACAACCAAUAACAAACUAUUGAAUAAUGAAUAUCCUAUAAAAACAAAUCAUCUCAUUGAUAAUAAGAUAAUUAAUAUACCAAUGAAAAUAACUAGUAAAGCACCAGUUUUAUUAAUUCGUCCUAAACCAUAUCAUGAUUAUUAUUGUUAUAAUCAAAUGGAUGAGAAUGAUAGUAAGGGGAUUACUCAAUUAACUAAUACAGUUAUAUCAACUAAUCAACAAACUACUACUAUUACUACUAGUACUACUACUACUACUACUACUACUCAUAAUAACAAUAGUAAUGUAUGUGGUAUGAAUUAUGGUAAUUAUGUAUUCAGUGAAACACCCAUAGCAACAAAAUCAUGUCAUCAAUCUAUUCAACCAUUAUCAUCAAUUAGAAAUGAUCAUGGUAAACUGCAAGUUUCGUCACAUACUUUUACUCCUAUUACUACUAUUAACAAUAAUAAUCAUAAUAAUAAUAGUACUAGUCGAAUUGAUAGUUCAAUGGCAUUUACUCCUUUAGUGUAUUCUUCCACUACUUGUCAUGAAAGUUUCCCUCAUUUUACCACAACAACAACAACAUAUGAAUGUGAACGUGUUAAUUUCACUGUACCAUCAUUGGUACGAACGAAUGGAACUGGUUAUUAUUCAACUCAAAAUAUGACAAAAUUCGAUACUAAUCAUAAUAGUAAUGCUAAUUCAUGUACAUAUUCUGUUGGCCACACUGUUCAACAACCUAUUCAUUCUAUGAAUAAACAAUCUUCAUAUUCUGGUAUGUUACCAUCUUAUUGUUCAUAUCUACCUGGCUUAGCAACAACAACGACAACAACAUGUUGUUCACAUGGGAUAAAUUACUCAUUGAAGCCAUUGUUUACAACAUCAGCAUUGAAUAUAUCCUCAUCUAAACAGAAUUGUAUAUAUCAUAGAAAUGAAAAUAAAACAGAUGAGUGUAUUUAUGAUGAACCAAAAGAGGAAUAUGAUUCUAUAUCAACACCAUUACAACAACGACAACCUCAACAACAACACAAGACAAUUUGUAAUCUGUCAAAUCAUUCACCUUAUGAUUAUGGAUAUAGUUUAUCUUCACCAAAACAUCAUGAUAGACAUCAUCUUAGUUUAUCGUCAUCUCAUAUUCAUCCAUCUAUUAGUAGACGACCAAUGUAUGGAAAGGAUAAUUCUGUGGGAAAUGUUUGGAAUUCAUCGUUUUCUGUCAAUAAUCAUAAUAAUAAAACAACUAAUGUUUCCAAUACUACUAAUAUCAAAAAAAGUAGUACUACCUUCCAUUCGAUUAGUAAUAUGUUCAAUGAUAAAGUGACUAGUGCAGUGAAUUGUAUACAAAUUAUUCCAUCAAUGAGUAUUUCAUCAAAUGUUUUACCUUUUUCAACGAUCACCAAUGUUACUACUACUACUACUACUAUUAGUAAAAAUAAUAAUAAUGUAGGUCAUUAUUUCACAUCACAAGAUCAGCCAUCUUGUAUGACAACAAGUUUUCGUCAUCCAUCUGCACAGAAUUCCUCCUCAUCAAUGCAACAACCACCAUCUAUGCCAUUAUUAUACCCAUUACCAGUAUCGACGAAUCAUACAUCCAGACUAUAUCAGUCUACGAUAAUAUCUCCAUCGAUUGAUAGGAAACAAAUUAUUCCACGACCAUCAUAUAAACAUGUGACUUCAACGACAAAUUUCGAUUUCAGUAUGUAUCAUUAUCAUAAUCAUUCAACAAUCCCAUCACCAUUAUCCACUAUGUUAUUAUUACAAUCACCUAAACUUAAACGUACUGAAUUAACUAAUUCAUCACCAGAUACAGGAAUUGGUAUAGAAAGUACAUAUGAUCAACAGACUACUACAAGUACUUGUACAGUUGGGUCUUUUAUUCCUUUAAACGCAUAUCAUCAUUCAUUAUCUUCAUCAAAUAUGGCUGUUUGGUCACCAUCUCAGUAUCAUUGCCAACAGUUUAGUCGAGGAGAUUCUAUGACUACUCCUUCUACAAUGAAUAAUCAUAGUAUUAGUUAUGAUAGUAGUCCAGAUAAACAUUUUAAUUCAUGUAAAUUAACAACUUUUCCUGUUCAAAAUAAUCAUUUGGAUAUGAUCACACCAACUACUACUACUACUAUUACUACUACUCAUAAUCAUAUAAGUAGUAGAAAUCAACAAUAUGCUUAUCAAUUUUAA